UUAAAAUAAAAUUCUAUAAUAAUUAUGGAAGAAUCUUUCUCAGCUCACAGUUAUCCUCAGAGCAGUCAGAAUAAAGACUCCAACGGACAGAGUGAAAGUGUAAAGAUCAAGAAAUUCACAAGUCACAUUUCUCACCCAUCAGUAAAUUUGCCAUCCUUCGAAAACUCUAACAACAGCGAGGCUAAAUAAAAGUAAUAAGACUCAUCAACAACAAAAAGAAAAUAAUGAGAUAACAAUUCCUAAUAAAGAUCCAGCUUACAAAUACAUACAAGAUCUAGAAUCUGCAAGACGUGAUAUAUUAAGCAAUAUGCACUCUAAAGAAUCAAGUUCAAAUCAAGAAAACAUUCAAAUUAUUUAUUACCCGAAUCCAAGAGAAGAAACUAAAAGAUCCCCUUCUGAUUAUCUCAGCAGUAUUAACUUCAAAAGUUCCUCCGAUCUGAAUAAUAGCCGUAUAAACGAGGAGACUUUGAGAAAUAAUGGAAAGAAGUUAGUUCCAUCUGGGGGGAAAUUAAGCGAAAACAGCAGAAUUAAGCAUUUAUCAGAAUCUUCAAUCAGGCUAGUGGGUUCUGAGAUCGAAGAGAAAAAGCAUAUUAACCAACAUGAAGUCUCUAAGGAAUCAGUUAUAUUUGAAGAUGAAAGCCAAGAAAAUUCUGAAAGUGAAGCAAAUUUCCAGAUCUCAGAAGAUCAACACCUUAAUUGUAUUUCUAAAUAA